CAGAGCAGCUGUGCGGGAAUCAGCGCGGAUCCGAGCUCCAUCACAACCACCGUCACCCUCACCCUCUACGCCCGCGACACCGUCACCGUCACCGUCAUGCCUCACACCGCCGCCGAGCCCUUCCUCCGCGCCCCCCGUCGUUGAUUGAACCGAUGCGCGGGAGAAGAGGCCGACGAGCAGCGCAGCCUCGGCCGACGAUGACAGCGUUAAGGCGGGCGACGACGACCGAGUGAAGCCUACUCCCCUCCGGAUCCCCACAGUCCCCCUCCUGCAAGAUGGUCCGCGUGGCGCGGGCCCUGGGUCUCUUCAUCCUGUGCGUGGCGGUGUUCAUCCUGUCCCUCAUCAGCUAUGUGUCCCUCCGCAAGGACAGCCUCUUCGGCUCGCCCAAGUACAUGGGAGGACCCCGGAUUAUGUUCCACGCAGGCUUCCGAUCUCAGUUCGCCAUGAACUUCCUGGACCCCUCCUUCAUCCCGCUGACGACCGCCCUCAACGAGGAGCUGCAGGGAAAGCCGUCCAAAUGGAAAUUCAACAAGACUGCCUUUUUCCAGCAGAGGAAAGAUAUUUUCAACUUCAUCAACAUUCCCAAAAACUUCUCGCUGACCAAGAGCAGCGUGCGAGUGGGCCAGCUGAUGCACUUUGACUACUCCAGCCACAAGUACGUCUUCUCCAUCAGCAACAACUUCAAGUCCCUGCUGCCUGACGCCUCGCCCAUCCUGAACAAGCACUACAGCACGUGCGCCGUGGUGGGCAAUAGCGGCAUCCUGACGGGAAGCCACUGCGGCUCCGAGAUCGACCGGGCCGACUUUGUGUUCCGCUGCAACUUCGCCCCCACCGAGGUCUAUGCCAAGGACGUGGGCAGGAAGACCAACCUGACCACCUUCAACCCCAGUAUUCUGGAAAGGUACUACAACAACCUGCUGACCAUCCAGGACAGGAACAACUUCUUCCUGCACCUGAAAAAGCUGGAGGGGGCCAUCCUGUGGAUCCCGGCAUUCUUCCUGCAUACCUCGGCCACGGUGACCCGGACCCUGGUGGACUUCUUUGUGGAGCACAAGGGCCAACUGAAGGUGGAGCUGGCUUGGCCCGGAAACAUCAUGCAUGACGUCAACAAGUACUGGAAGACGAAGAACCUCUCUCCCAAACGCCUCAGCACGGGCAUCCUCAUGUACACGCUGGCGUCGGCCAUGUGCGACGAGAUCCACCUGUACGGCUUCUGGCCCUUCGGCUGGGACCCCAACACGGGCAACGAGCUGCCCUACCACUACUAUGACAAGAAAGGGACCAAGUUCACCACCAAGUGGCAGGAGACACACCAGCUUCCCAGCGAGUUCAAGCUGCUCUACCGCAUGCACCGCGACGGCGUCACCAGACUCAGCCUGACGCACUGCACGUAGACGGGAGGGGACCGCUAUGCAUGACGAGGUUCACUACGCUCACAUUCCACACCACGGAAUUUCACGCCGCUUGGUCGCCUACGGUGACCGUUAAGCACUCGCCUCCAUCACUCUCCUUCGCAUGGCUGCUGGCUUGGACCGGAACCAAUCAAAAAAAAAAUCGUAAACACAGUGGAACCUCUAAAGUGGGAACCAGAACAUUACGGAGUGAGGAUUUGGACCAUUUUUUUUGGAUUUUCGUACAUUUCUUCAAUGAACAAGUAAUGUACACAGAAUUACAAACCUGUAUUUAUUGUGGCAAUUACUGACCAGAUGUCAACAUUUUAAGUGUAAAAAGAAGUUAAAACCUGAAAGUAAAAUGUGUUUUUAAGGCGGACCUGAAGAAGAAGGAUGAAAAAUGUUUUCCAUUGACAUAAAUCCACUGUAAAAACAACAACAGUAGACGUUAUGAUAAAAUAACUGGCAACUCGCUUGCCAGAAUAUUACUGUAAAAAUAACAGCGGUACUGUUUUUCAAUUUACAGUAAUGCACCGUAAAAACUAAAAAAUAUAGAUUUUACAGUAAAGAGCCCAGUCACAAGAACACUAAUGUAAAAAUAACAGCAGUGCUCUUUUUCCAUUUGCAGUAAUGCACUGUAAAAAAAAAUGACGGUAGAUUUUGCUGUAAAUAAAAAAAAUAGCAGCUCAAUCGCCAGAAUUUUACUGUAAAAAUAACAGCGGUACUGUUUUUCAAUUCACAGUAAUGCACCGUAAAAAGAAAAACUAUAGAUUUUACAGUAAAAAGCCCAGUCACAAGAACACUGAUGUAAAAAUAACAACAGUGCUGUUUUUCCAUUUGCAGUAAUGCACUGUAAAAACAAUGACGGUAGAUUUUGCGGUAAAUAAAAAAAAUGGCAGGUCCAUCGCCAGGAUUACUGUAAAAAUAAUAUUUUUACAGUAAAAAUAUAUAUUUUUUAAAUAUUAUUUUUACAGUAAAAAAUUUUUUUUUUUUAAAUAUUAUUUUUACAGUCAUGCACUGUAAAAACAAUGACCGUAUAUUUGGCAGCUCAGUGGCCAAAAUUUUAUCAUACAUAUAACAGUGGUAUAGUUUUUAAAAUUUACUGUAAUUUGGUGUAAAAACAACUGUGGAUUUUGCGGUAAAAAAAACCUAACAGUUCAAUCGACAGGAUUUUACCGUAAAAAUAGAAGUUGUACCAUUUUUCCAUUUACAGUAAUACACUGCAAAAACAAUGAAGGUAGAUU